AUGGCCUCAUCCUUGGAAACAGCUUUACAUGUUGUAUUUGAAGAUGACAACUGUAAUGAGCCAGAAUUAUUUUUAUACUCAGGAGAAACAAUGUCUACUCCCUAUAAAAAGCUGAAGACAUGGGAAACAAUUGGAACACGUCCAAUACAAUUUCGUACCACAGUGUCACUUUCUAGUGAUGUACAGUAUAGUGAAAGAUUUCAAGCUAUAACUAUGAUGGAUGAAUAUGCAAGCAAGAGCGUUGAAGAGUUGCGCUUUGAAGACUACGAGUACCAGAAUGAAACUGAUGCCCAGAAAGAGCCAUUUGGGAAGAGUUCUUCAACCACGUUCCCCUCGUCUGCUGCUGAUAGAAAUGAAAACUCUUUUUACACCAGCUCUGGAUAUAGUUCUUUUUCUACAUCGUCUGGCUUCCGUACCAUGUCCUCCGACUCUAGCAAACCUCGCGGUCCUCAACCGAGCUGUUUUCCCCCCUCGACACCCUACAGAUAUACGUCAUCAGAAUAUGAAUACAGCCCUAGGUCACCAAAAUAUAGUCCUUUGUCACCAAGCUACAGUCCUACGUCACCAAGCUACAGUCCUACGUCACCAAGCUACAGUCCUACGUCACCAACCUACAGUCUUACGUCACCAACCUACAGUCCUACGUCACCAAGCUACACUGUUUCAUCUAGCUUUUCUACAGUUCGUUGCAAUUCAUUUUGGUCAUUUCUGGAAGGAUUCGAUACGGCGAAAUGGGACCUAACGAACAUUGAAGUAAAAAUCAAUGAAACGUACAAGACAGGUAAGAGGCUGAUAAACAAAAAGGGUGUGCUGCGCUCAGUAAGCGGACGCCAGUGUUUAGUGAAGCUAUACGAUGAAAACCACCCGGUCCUCGUUUCGAUUGAAAAUAUUGAUCCGGUGAAGUUAUCUAAAUACGACAAAUGUAAAGUUAUAAUUGGAGAUGACCGUUCAAGAAGAGGGACAUUAAUCAAUAUUGACGACCCUGAUGGAAUAUUCAGAAUGGAAGAUACUGAUCAACUGAAGAUUUUACCGCUAAAAUUCCUUGCUAAACUCGGUAGAGCUAAUAGCCAGGUUGGUUCAUAUGAAACCCCAAGUGUAAAGAGAAGGGAGGAUAAACUCGUGAAGUCUUUGAUUGAUUCGUCAGUGAAAGAGGAAAAUUUAACAGAAAUGAUCAUAGAGAGCAGCGCGGAAUCAGUCGACGCUCAACGACCACGAUCAUCUGAACAAGAUGUUUUCCGCGAAUCGAUUGUUGGUCUCACCUCGAGAGCCAGUGCUCAUCCACGAGUUGAAAAAGAAACGGGUCAAAUUCUAACAGUUUCUGAAGGAAAACAGUUGUCAGAAGCCCUGCUGAAGAGCAUCAUGAAGUGUACACAAAUACAGAACUCCCUCUACAGACUUGUUCUUCUCCAAAUAGCUGGUCGUGCUUCCUGCUCUUCAAGCCAGCCUAACACCGAUGUCCUGGAAGAUGUUCAUACCUCAGAUGAACACGAGGCUUCCAAUGUGAGCAGUACGGGUGAAAAUUAUGAGCAAGAUUCAAAGGUUCUCCUCGGUGAUCUGAAACAACCCUUAGAGGCCUUGAUGCGCUGUUUAAGCAUUCAAAAAACACUUUUUCAAAGAUUAACAGCAGUCAGCUUGGCAACUCUUGAGCUGUCGAGUAGCAGUUUAGAUAUGAAAAGCAAGCCACGAGCAGGCAUUUUGGCGGUACAAUCUUUUCUUGAGGAAGUUGCCUUUAAAAAUAGCAUGGAGUGUGGAUAUGUGCGAAAUCCUUUCACAAAUAAACAACACAAAGCCUCCACAACGGAGGAUGUUUUACAGCAUGUAUAUCACGAUAAACUACCGUUCAGCGGAGCUGCAGUUACCAACUACAAUGCAAGUAGUCAAAGGAAACUUCCACAUGGUCAUGGUAGCCUUAAAACAGUGACGGGUGAAACUUUGUACACUGGAGACUGGUGUAAAGGCAAGAGAGAUGGGAUAGGCAAAGGCCUCAUCCUUUCUUUCGCUUGCGACAAUCCAGCAUCAGCUAAACAUGGACUUUACAGUGGUGGAUGGAAAACAAACAUGAGACAUGGUCACGGAAAGCUGAUGUUUUCCUCUGGUGCUGUAUAUGAUGGUCAGUGGCAGUACGAUAAAAUGACCGGCUAUGGGACCUUGACGCUUCCGGAUGGUACUGUUCAAGAAGGGAGUUGGAAAGAUGGGUGCUUAGAUGGAUGUGUGCAGUUUACUUGGCCUCAUGGAGUCACUGAGUUUCGAGAGUACAAUGAGCGUCGAGGUCUCCUGUCUUCCUGUGCAAUCGGUAAAGAAGCUGCUCAAGAGCUGUCUCAAAUGCAUUCCAUUCAGUCCAAGAUUUCAAACAUGAGUGAAAGUGUAAUUCAGCUAAAUGCCGAGAAACUACGUCUCAGCGAGCAACUGGGCAUGCAUAAGAUGGUACAAGCUGAACUGAGAAGUCAUUACCACACUGCUAUGUUUGAAAUUCGUGAAAGUUUUAGAGAGCAGCUAGAGCGUGACUGUACGGAGAAGCAAGAGGUGUUUGAGAAGAAUUUAGACAAAGUAAAAGAAUCCGAGGCGACAAGUGCCCAAAAAGUUCUCGAUCUCAAAAUGAAACUCCAAAAUUCCAGAAGCUCUGUGCUAUGUAAGAAGUGUACCAAACAGCCUCGUGACUGCCUUAUUAUGCCCUGUGGCCAUUUUUUGUACUGUAGAACUUGUGCAAGGGAAUUGAUGAAGGGCUCCUCUGACCUAUGCCCUUCUUGCAGGCGAGCUGUCACUGCUCAACUUUUCUGUAAUCUUGAUCCAUAAACCAUACAUUCUCAAUAAAUGAGACAACUUAUGUCGUUCAAUUUAUACUCGAACUGUUAACACAAAUCGAACUCAAUGUAUGGUCAUUUGUAUCAUUGAAGA